AUGGAUGAAGAAGAUUUGUAUGAUGAGUUCGGAAACUUUAUAGGAGACGGGCUUCCAAAGCUUGAAGAGGAGGAAGAGCCUAUGUUGCAAGACACUGUUUGGAAUGCCGAUAGCAGCGCGGCAGAAUACGAAGAAGACGAAGUAGGUGCACCAGAAGAUACUGGUAAUCUGCCAACCGAUACUGCACUAGAAAUAUAUGGCAAAAAAACAGAGGUUCUGGUAGAGGUCGAGGACCGGCAAAGCACCGAUAUGCCACUAGUUGCCAUUCAACAUGACCACUCUAAAGGUCCGCUGAACACAGUGUUUACUCAUUUGGCCAAAAACCUACCAAAAACUGUUUAUGAUAGGGAAUACAUGAUCGAUUUGGCCAGCGCUCCCGAAAGAGUAAGAAAUGUAGCAGUAAUCGGGGCUUUACAUUCGGGGAAAACAUCUCUCCUUGAUUUAUUAGUGGUAGAAGCACAUAAACAUGUUCCACACAUCACACGUAAUGUUGAACUGGGAUGGAAACAACUAAGGUACACUGAUAAUACUAAGUUGGAGAUUGAGCGAGGACUAACGACAAAAUUAAAUGGAAUUACCAUCCUUGCAACAGAUCUCACCGGGAAAUCUACCGUUUUGAAUUUGCUCGAUGCACCAGGCCAUGUGAAUUUUAUGGAUCAGACAGCAGUAGCUCUAGCAGCUUCAGACUGUGCUAUAAUAUGCAUAGAUGUCGUGGAAGGCCUGACUUCGAUCGUAGAACACUUAAUAAAGCAGUGUCAGCGAAAUUCCAUGUCUAUUAUUUUUGUGCUAAAUAAAAUCGAUAGAUUAAUAAUUGAGUUGAAACUACCCCCAAUAGACGCAUACUUAAAGCUCAACCAUAUUGUUGAACAAAUAAACCGAUUUACGAACAAAACACGUUAUUCCCCGGAACUUGGUAAUGUAGUGUUCGCGUCUGCCAAGCUAGAGUUUACGUUCACAAUAGAAGAAUUUGUGAAUUAUUUCUAUGAGUCUCAGCUCUCAUCCUCUGAGAGAGAAGGGUUUGUCCAAAGACUGUGGGGUGAUUUCUUCUUUGAUGAGGGCAAAUUUAGCAAGUCGCCCGAGAGCACGAGCCACCAGCAUCCGACUUUUGUGGAAUUCAUUUUGGUCCCGAUAUACAAAAUAUUUACUCACGUCCUUUCAUGUGAGCGAGCUAAAUUGCAGGAGGUACUCAAGAAGUAUUUUGCAAUUGAAAUAGAUUCUAAUCUAUUAAAAUACGACCCACUGCCCUUACUUAAAGCUGUAUUGAAAAACAUUUUUAGAACUCAGGCGGGGCUUAUUCAGUCGUUAGCAUCAUGCUCGAGCGCGGCUGACUCUUCUUCGAGCAAGCUGCAACAUUUGCUUAAGGAUCAGAACGAUUUUUCCAAAUGUGACUUAUUAGCGCAUGCAGUACAGACCAUGGAUUAUGGCGGUACAGAUUGGUCAUUGGUUAGAGUGUAUCAUGGUGAAAUCAGUCGUGGUGCAUUUCUGCGUGUAUUAGACUCUAGCACUGCAUCAACGAGUUGCGAUACUUCUGAUGAUGAGGAAUACGAGGAAGAUGACUUUUCUCUUGUUGAGGUGACAGAUAUUGCAUUGUUAGGUGGAAGGUAUUUAUUUCCAAUAACGCGAGCUACGGAAGGCCAAGUAGUUCUCUUAAAAGGAAUUUCUAAUGUAUUCAAUAAAUCUGCCACUCUUUUCUUGGGUACUGAAACUCGUCCACCUCUCUUCAAAAGUAUUGAUUACAUCAACGAACCAGUUUUCAGAAUUGUUAUCGAACCCCAAAUACCGACAGAAUUACCAAAGCUGCUCGAUGGUCUAAAUAGAGUCUCCAAAUACUAUCCUGGUGUUAUGAUCAAAGUGGAAGAGUCAGGAGAGCAUGUUAUCGUUGGGUUUGGUGAGCUAUAUCUGGAUUCUUUGUUAUAUGACUUACGCAUUAAUUAUGCUGGAAUUGAGAUCAAGAUUUCUGAGCCACUCACAGUUUUUUCAGAAGGUUGCUCUGGUGAAUCAUUCGCCGCAAUACCUGUGACGUCUCCUAAUGGAAAGGUGUCUUUCAGCAUAGGCGCAGAUCCAUUAGAUUACUCUCUUGCAGAAGACUUAUCGCAGUCUAAAAUAGAAGCCUCAGAAUUGCAAGAUCCGAGAAAGCUGUCAAAGAUCUUGCGUGAGACUUAUGGUUGGGACUCGUUGUCUGCAAGAAGCGUGUUAUCUUUUCAAAAUGGAAACUGCUUAAUCGACGAUACACUCCCGGAUGAAACUGAUAAGGAAUUGCUGAGCAAGUAUAAGAACCAAAUAAUCCAGGGCUUUUUAUGGGCAAUUCGCGAAGGUCCGUUAGCCGAAGAACCGAUCUAUCGUACAAGAUUCAAACUACUUGAAGCAAAUGGCAUCGAGGACCUGGAUAUUGAUGGUCAGUUGAUACCUAUGGUACGCAAGGCAUGUUAUAUCGCUCUGUUAACAGCAACUCCGGUUCUACUUGAACCAAUAUAUGAAGUUGACAUAAUAUUCCAUUCUGUCCUUUUACCGAUAAUCGAAGAGCUGCUGAAAAAAAGGAGGGGUGGGAGGAUCUAUAAAACCACAAAAAUUGUUACUACACCUCUAAGUGAAUGCAGGGCCCAGAUACCUGUCAUAGAGUCAGCUGGCUUUGAAACCGAUCUAAGGCUAGCUACUCGCGGAAAGGCGAUGUGUCAACUACAUUUCUGGAGCAAAAUAUGGCGUAAAGUUCCCGGUGAUGUUAUGGAUAAAGAUGCACCGAUACCUAAGUUAAAGCCUGCUCCAAUUAGUAGUUUAAGUAGGGAUUUCGUUAUGAAAACAAGAAGAAGAAAGGGUCUUUCCAACGAGGGAUUUAUGUCUAAAGAUGGACCUUCAUUGAGGAAGUACAUAAAGCCUGAGAUGUUUAAUCAACUCUGUCAAAAUGGCUUGAUCUAA